AUGGAUUCUGUUAAAUGCGCAAUUCUAAUCAAUUUUUCAAGAGCACCUCUUAAAUGUAUUUGGUUUUCAUUCAUUGCAAUUACAAUUGAACGAUUUAUUGCUAUGUGUUUCUAUCAAUAUUAUGAAAAAUGGAACUAUCCAAUUACGCUUGCUUGUAUACCAUUAAUGUGGUACAAUAUAGCAUUAAGCAUCAAGGAUGCAGUAUUAAUAGUGAUUGAAGGGAAGAAAGGCUAUGAAAGUUAUUGCGCAUCGGUCACUAAUAGAUUCACUGUUUCUAUAAGGUGGACAAUAGAAGUACCACUGUUGAUUGGUAUACUCUCUCUGCUUCUCAUAACACGCAUUAUUAGCAGGAGAAAAAUGAUACUUCAAAUGCGGGUAUCAAUGGAUACAUUAUCAUCACGUUAUCAAAUCCGAGAAAAUAUGAAAACGUCAAAGACGAUGUUUAUAGCAACCAUAAUGUUUAUCGUAGCUUCCUCAUUCAUUUUAUUGGGAAGAUUUUUCUUGAAAUAUCGUCUCCUAUCUGAACUACUGCAUUUUGCAAUUUUUAAAGAAACUGUAAGUUUGGUAAUACCAAUAUUCAUCAAUGCCAUAUCAGUUUUAUUUAUCGUUAGAGUGGAGCAGAUACAUUGUAAAACAUUCAAAUGGCUACUUCAUUUUGGAUGCGGUUCAUCGAAUAGAGUAGGAGAACAAAUGAAUCAACCUAUAUCAGGUCGACAACACAUCGAAAUUAUUGAACAAAUGUGGAAAAAAGAAAUUCGCAAAUGA